UAGGUGAGAAUGAUUUCCUUUUAACUCCACAUGGCCAACACUCCAGUACAGUAGCUCACAGUAUUUUGGAUACAGAAAUAAACAGAAAUGACAUUUACAAUAGAAAACAGGAAUUAAAUUCACAGCAGACAGCAGAAAUGUCGUUUAUGAGACAGAAAUGUCAUUUACAGUAGAAACACUCAUGACUGUAUCUGUGGGGACGUUCACACAUCUCGCGCGCCCCCGUGACGUCGCGUGUGAAGCGCUGUGACUCCCUUCACUCACACACACACACUCGCAGAUCGGCGGAGUGAAGGAUGAUCUCGGUGAGGCUCCGCUGCACUCCUCCGGUAUCAUGUCCACGUUAACCGGCGGUUUCCUCAACAUGGCGAGUCUGGCGGAUUUCGAGCCGCUCGCCGCCGUGAUUCCCGCCACUAAAGUUGAGAUCACCGUGUCGUGCAGAAACCUCUUGGACAGAGACACCUUCUCCAAAUCUGAUCCAAUUUGCGUACUGUACACUCAGACGGUGGCCAACAGAGAGUGGCGAGAGUUUGGCAGGACAGAAGUCAUCGAUAACACGCUGAAUCCAGACUUUGUGCACAAAUUCAUCCUGGAUUACUUCUUUGAAGAGAGGCAGAAUUUACGCUUUGAUCUGUACGACCUUGACUCGAAGAGUGAAAACCUGUCCAAACAUGAUUUCCUGGGUCAGAUGUACUGUACUCUGGGCGAGGUGGUCGGGUCCCCAGGCAGUCGCAUGGAAAGAUCACUCAUAGGCAUCCCUGGGAAAAACUGUGGAACUGUUAUUGUGAAAGCGGAAGAACUGGGAAAUUGCAGGGAGUCAGUAUUGAUGCAGUUUUGUGGCAACAAACUGGACAAGAAAGACUUCUUUGGGAAAUCAGACCCUUUCCUGGUGUUUUACCGUAGCAAUGAAGAUGGAACAUUUACCAUCUGUCAUAAGACCGAGGUGGUGAAGAACACGCUGGACCCUGUGUGGCAGGCCUUCAAGAUCCCGGUCAGAGCGCUGUGUAACGGGGAUUAUGACAGAGCAAUAAAAAUCGAGGUGUAUGACUGGGACAGAGAUGGAGGUCAUGACUACAUUGGCGAGUUCAGCACCAGCUACAGGGAGCUUUCCAAAGGCCACACACAGUUCACUGUGUGGGAGGUGCUGAAUCCCAAGAAGAAGAAAAAGAAGAAGAAAUACCUGAACUCAGGAACCGUCACUCUGCUGUCCUGCUUCAUCGACGUCGAGGUCACCUUCCUGGACUACAUUAAAGGAGGCACUCAAAUUAAUUUCACGGUGGCCAUUGAUUUCACUGCGUCAAACGGCAACCCUUCGCAGCCUACCUCUCUCCACUACAUGAGCCCGUAUCAUCUGAACGCAUAUGCACUGGCGCUCCGAGCCGUGGGGGAGAUUAUUCAGGACUAUGACAGCGAUAAGCUCUUCCCUGCGCUGGGAUUUGGUGCAAAACUGCCACCCGACGGCCGCGUGUCCCACGAGUUUCCCCUGAAUGGAAACCCAGAUAACCCAUACUGUAGCGGGAUUGAGGGCGUUCUAGAGGCGUAUUACCAGAGUCUGAAGUCUGUCCGACUUUACGGACCAACAUACUUCUCGCCUGUCAUUAAUCAUGUAGCAAGAUAUGCCUCUUUAGUGAAGGAUGGUUCAGAAUACUUCAUCCUCCUCAUCAUCUCGGAUGGGGUCAUUUCCGACAUGGCUCAGACAAAAGAAUCCAUCGUGAACGCCUCCAGUCUUCCCAUGUCAAUUAUAAUCGUUGGAGUCGGGCCGGCUGAGUUUGACGAGAUGAUUGAACUAGACGGGGAUGAGGUCAGGAUAUCAUCCAGGGGUCGCUUCGCUGAAAGAGACAUCGUGCAGUUUGUUCCCUUCCGUGACUACAUCGAUCGCAGAGGAAAUCACAUCCUCAGCAUGGCCCGUCUGGCCAAAGACGUUCUUGCGGAAAUCCCAGAUCAGUUCCUCCAGUACGUGCGAAGCAGAGGCAUCAAACCUCAGCAUUCAGCCCACUCCACCAUUUCCAAACCUCCGGCGAGCCUCGUCCACCCGAUCCACCAUCUGCAGACGCAGAUCUGAGCUGUUACACAAAACCGUACAUGCUUUCUUUGGUUCACCGUCACUCUCAGGAUCACACAUGGCCUGUCUGAGUGAGACGCCGCCCUUCUGCACGCUGUCUUUCGGUAUGUAGGGUGACGUUCGGGAUACUUUACGCCCCGGCCCGGCGUGUUGAGGUUUCAGAAAGGGGUUUAGACUGUUUUAAAGUAUCAAGUGGCCUAUUCAGUCUGUCAAAUAUCAGAUGUGACUCCACAGUCUCUUACAUAUACUGUACUUUCCGGAAAAAAGGUUGCACCUGACUAUGAAAUCGUAACAAAAUUGCACAAAAGUCACAUUUUAUAGUCUUACUGAGAAAUAAUGUAAGAUAAAUAUAUAUAUAUAUAUAUAUAUUAUUUAAAAAUAUUCUAAAUGCAUUUUAGUUCUACCUGCUUUGACAUCCGUUGCAUUAUUUAAGUCAAAGCACGUUUUAAAGAUAAUAACAAUACAAUAAAAGACUUAUAUUCCGGAAAAUACAGUGAUCUUCUCGUGUCUGACGAACUUCAGCAGACGUUUACAAUUGUAACGUUUAGGUUUUUUUUUACAAAUGGAUGUUUUUUUUGUACCUCAUGAAACUCUGAGCUGCUUAACAAUAGAAUUUACUCGUUUUACUACAUGACAUUUGUAUAUAGAGCAAGAGAAAAACAGAAAAAGCAUGAAUACACCCUCGGAACUGAAGUGAGAGACAUUUUCAGGCCUUGGUUUUCCUGAUAUUGUACAGUAUUCAGUUGUUUUACUGUUUGGUUAUGCCGUAUUUUUGGUCAGUUGACUGCCUCAAAAUCUUUAAAGAGUUUGUGCUCAGCUUUAGCGGCACUAGCACAGAUAUUUAACAGGAAAAGCCUUACUCUACGUUAAAGGAAUUGAUCACGCAAAAUGGAAAUUCUGUCUUCAUUAUAGCUUUCCAAAGCUGUUUGAUUUGGGUUAAUCGCAUAUUAUUGCAUAUUUUUGACUAGUUAAUUAAAUGUUGAAUUAGAAUAAUGGCAUUCAGCAAAUCAACAGAGGAUGCAUUUACACUGCAGAUCUUGAUGUUCAACUCUGAGCUUUUUUGAUGAUCUGCUAGCAUCAACUUUUAACAGUGACUCGUGUCCGAUUGUCUGCAUUCACAUUUUGCAUUGGCGAAAUGACCAGGAAAAAAACAGGCGCUGACUGACAGCUGAUAAUAAAAGAGCACUCUUUUCCCUAUUCCUGUAUUUAAUCUGUUCGCAGGGUUUCAUUUUUUAACAAUUCUUUCGGUCUGUUUUACUAUAGCUUAUGACAGAAAAUAUCUCAAUUUGGCCAAAUCCUUUUAAUCUAGGCCUUUUAAACUGGUUCUUAAUCUACCAAGCAGACAGACAGUCUCAUAAGAUGUUAAUAUGAGGUUAGAUUUAGGUCACUAUAGCAUCUAAGUACAUUAUUUUGACCCCCAUUAACGACGUAAAGUGAUGUUGAUAUUUGGUUGAUUUUAGGUUGUGUUGGAAAGUGACCAAAAUCCAAUG